UCCUAACUCACACUGUACUUGCGACAGCUUUAGAUAUUCUCUAGUUCACAUUCAAGCUAUGAGUCCAAGUGUCUGCAAACUUUCUUUUGUUCCCUUGUUUUGCCUCUUGUUUCUUGGUCAUUUUGUAUGUGGUCAACUUGACUAUAAAUUUUAUGAUGUCAUGUGUCCAAACCUGACAAAUAUCGUCAGAUCCAGUGUCUGGUCAGCCAUUGCCAAUGAUACUAGGAUGGCAGCCUCUCUCCUGCGACUGCACUUUCACGACUGUUUUGUUAAUGGAUGUGAUGGAUCCGUGUUGCUUGAUGGUACUGAUGGGGAGAAAUUCGCAUUUCCUAAUCAAAAUUCACUUAGAGGUUUUGAAGUCAUUGAUGCGAUAAAAACUAACGUGGAGAUAGCUUGCCCAUCAAUGGUUUCUUGUGCUGAUAUACUGACUCUUGCAGCGAGAGAGGCUGUCUUUCUCACAGGAGGGCCUUACUGGGCUAUAGCCUUAGGUCGUCGAGAUGGCUUAACAGCAAAUCAGACUGCAGCUAACACAGAUCUCCCGUCGCCUUUUGACCCCUUGGAAAAUAUUACUGCAAAAUUUACUUCAAAGGGUCUAGACAGAAAUGAUGUGGUUGUGCUAUCAGGUGCACAUACUAUUGGCUUUGCUCAAUGCUUCACAUUCAAGCCAAGGCUCUUCAAUUUUGACGGGUCCGGUAAUCCUGAUCCAACCCUCGAUGCAUUGCUGCUAAGCAAUUUGCAGAGCUUGUGCCCAAAUCAAGAUAAUUCCGACACCAACUUGGCUCCUUUGGAUCGUGUUUCAUCUUCCAGGUUUGACAACAAUUAUUAUAACAACCUCUUGAACAAUUCCGGGCUCCUCGAAUCGGACCAAGCCCUUAUGGGGGACAACAGGACUGCCGCAAUGGUCAACAUCUACAGCAAAUUCCCAUUUCUGUUCUCCAAAAAUUUUGGAGUAUCAAUGGUGAAGAUGAGCUACAUAGGUGUUCUUACAGGACAAAAUGGGCAGAUAAGAAAGAAUUGCAGGGUGGUGAACUAGAAAUCUAUUUAUGUAAUGUGUAGUCAGUCUUCAAAAGUGUUGCUAGGGUUUAAGACGGAAUGCAGAUCUGUAACAUAAACGAAGUUGCGUCAUUUGAUGCAUAAAUAAGUACUGUUGGAUAUGCAAAGUAGGAGCUUCUCAA